CACGCGCCUUGGGAAUCAUAGAAAGGGGUCCAGUGAAGAUCAGGUGCUUGAGCGAGACCUCAGAGAAGUCAUGUCUCGCAGCCUGGUCGAGGAAAUGGAGGGGGUGGAGUUGACCGGCAUGGAGAAACAGAGUCCACCUCUGUUGACGGAAGACGAGAAACGUAUCUUAGAUGUCUACGAUCGACUAGAGGAACUUCGGCUGGAUAUCGCACUUUUAAAAGCACAAGGUGUGCUAUCACAGGAUGAGCCUCUGGAGGUUUCCCAGGAUGAUCUGACCACGGCCAGACAAGAGCUUCUGACAGCCAAAGCCGCAUAUCAAGUCAGAAACAAUGUUAUUGAAAGUGUUCUUAUUGCAAAUCCCAUCCUGAAAGCGGUACAUGGAGGCAAGAAUGCUACUAUUGCAGAGCAAGAUCUUGCGCCACUCAUUCAGCAGCGGGAUGACCUCUCAAUCACGUUGACUGAAUUAUCAACAAGAGUUCUGUCGACGCGGAAUGAGUUGAAGAAUGUCGAGAGUGAGCAUAUGGUGACUGCUCGAAAGAAUGCCGAGUUAGCGGCCACGAUGCUUGCAUUGGCGGAGGAAGCCGACACGAAGAGAAAGGAGGACAUCGAUGAUCCUAAGGCAAGGCAGCAACUGGAUGAGUUGGAAGUAAAGAUGAAGACUGGCCGUCAGAGAUGGAGAAUUAUGAAGGAGACUGCCAGUGCUACAAUUGCGGGGAGCGGGAUCGACUGGGCGAGAGAUCCAAAAUUGCUAGAGAUUGUACUUGAUAAUGACGGUAACGAAAGGUAGAAAGUUUGCAUUGUAUGAAUAAAUACUUAAGUAUGAAAAAGUUGAAGUUUGCGCGUACGAGACAG